AUGAGAAGCACUUUAUCGCCCACUUUUAGUGGCGCUAAACUUAAGCAAAUGACACCAAUUAUAGAGUCAGCGAUCGAUCAGUUUGUUAAUCGUGUUGAAGAGCAUAAGAAGUUAGACAAAGAGAUAGAUAUUUACGAUUUGGCUCAGGAUUUAACGAUGGAUACGAUCGCCAAAUCGGGCUUUGGUUUUGAUUCGGGCGCACAAACAGAGACCGAACGCCAAGUGAUUAAUGCGGCAAAAAAGUCAUUUCAAGUACAAGUGUCACAAUUCUUCCUAUUUAUCUCAUUCCUGUUCCCCGAGUUCUUAUGGGUUAUAAAUCCCUUCCGAUUAGUGGCUGAAAUGAUUAGCGAUUAUUUGGGUCAAUCCAGUCGAGGAUUUUUGCUAAAAGUUAGCGAUCAAUUGAUUAAACAAAGACGGGAACAAAAGGGUGACAAACAAAAGGAUUUGUUGCAAAUGAUGAUUGAAUCGGAAGGAACUGAUAUCUUAUCCAAUGACAAGCUGUCAGUCAGUAGUGAUAUGAAUAACGAUACUGUCGUCGACUCUAAUGUGAGGAUCAAUAAGAAGACAAAGAUGACCGACGAUGAGAUCGCAGCCAAUUCUGUGCUUUUCUUUGAAGCCGGAUAUGAGACGACGAGCACUGCUUUGGGAUAUUUAAUGCAUAUCUUAAUUAAUAAACCAGAAAUUCAGGAAAAGUGUAGACAAGAAGUGAAACAAUUACUGGAAUCGGAGGGACGACUGGAUUACAAUACCGUAACGAAGUUAAAGUACAUGGAGUCUGUCAUAUAUGAGACGUUACGCAUAUACCCGCCCAUCACUACAUUCAUCUCAAGAAUGCCCAAAACUGAUUAUCCAUACAAUGGAUUAACACUUCCAAAAGGUGUUGAUCUUCGAGUUCCCCUGUAUUUCCUACAAAAAGAUCCAGAGCUGUGGUCAGAACCCGAAGAGUUUAUUCCGGAAAGAUUUUCCGACGAAAACAAGCAUUUAAUAAAUCCAGUCGUUUGGCAGCCCUUCGGAACGGGUCCUCGAAAUUGCAUUGGAAUGAGAUUCGCAUUAUUGGAGAUGAAAUUGUCCAUGGCCAAAUUACUCAAUCAAUACGCUUUCAUUCCCUCUCCCAAUACAGAGUUGGGUGACAUUCAGCGGGACUUUAAAGUUAUAUCAAUGACUCCCAAGAAUGGUGUCUUCACUAAAGCCGUUGACAUUUCUUCAUAA